UGGAGGGUGGCUCCGCUGGCAGCUGGCAGAGUGGUGCCCUAGGCUCCCCAGCAUGGGCCCCUCGGCCUGGGCCAUCUGCUGUCUCCUAGGGGGCCUCCUGAUCCAAGGGGGGCACCCCAGCCCCGGCCCCAGCCCCAGCCCCAGCGUGCCCCGCCUGCGGCUCUCCUACCGAGACCUCCUAUCUGCCAACCGCUCUGCCAUCUUUCUGGGUCCCCGGGGCUCCCUGGACCUUCGAGCCAUGUUCCUGGAUGAGUACCGAGACCGCCUCUUUUUGGGGGGCCGUGACUCUCUCUACUCUCUGCGACUGGACCAGGCAUGGCCAGAUCCCAGGGAGGUCCUGUGGCCGCCACAGCCAGGACAGAGGGAGGAGUGUGUUCGAAAAGGAAGAGAUCCUUUGACGGAGUGCGCCAACUUCGUGAGGGUGCUGCAGCCCCACAACCGGACCCACCUGCUGGCAUGUGGCACUGGGGCCUUCCAGCCUACCUGUGCCCUCAUCACAGUAGGGCACCGUGGGGAGCAUGUGCUCCACCUGGAGCCCAGCAGUGUGGAGGGCGGGCGGGGACGGUGCCCACACGAGCCCAACCGACCCUUCGCCAACACCUUUGUAGGCGGGGAGCUAUACACAGGCCUCACUGCCGACUUCCUGGGGCGAGAGGCCAUGAUCUUCCGGAGUGGGGGUCCCCGGCCUGCCUUGCGAUCCGACUCUGACCAGAACCUCCUGCACGAUCCCCAGUUUGUGAUGGCUGCCCGGAUCCCUGACAACUCGGAUCAGGACGAUGACAAGGUGUACUUCUUCUUCUCGGAGACUAUCCCCUCACCCGGUGGAGGCCCAGGUCAUGUCACCGUCAGCCGCGUGGGCCGUGUCUGCAUGAAUGACGUGGGUGGACAGCGGGUGCUGGUGAACAAGUGGAGCACCUUUCUCAAGGCCAGGCUGGUCUGCUCCGUGCCCGGCCCUGGUGGUGCCGAGACUCACUUUGACCAGUUAGAGGAUGUGUUCCUGCUGUGGCCUAAGGCAGGGAAGAGCCUUGAAGUGUAUGCACUGUUCAGCACAGUCAGUGCCGUGUUCCAAGGCUUUGCGGUCUGCGUGUACCACAUGGAAGACAUCUGGGAGGUCUUCAAGGGGCCCUUUGCCCACCAAGAUGGUCCCCAGCACCAAUGGGGGCCCUAUGGGGGGAAGGUGCCCUUCCCACGUCCUGGUGUGUGCCCCAGCAAGAUGACCGCACAACCAGGCAGACCCUUUGGCAACACCAAGGACUACCCGGAUGAGGUGCUGCAGUUUGCCCGAGCCCACCCACUCAUGUUUAGGCCUGUGCAGCCUCGGGGGGGCCGCCCUGUCCUGGUCAAAACCCACCUAACCCAGCAGCUGCAACAGAUAGUGGUGGACCGAGUGGAGGCAGAAGACGGGACAUACGACGUCAUUUUUCUUGGAACUGACUCAGGCUCCGUGCUCAAGGUCAUUGCCCUCCAGGUCGAGGGCUCAGCUGAGCCAGAGGAGGUGGUUCUGGAGGAGCUCCAGGUGUUUAAGGUGCCAACACCCAUCACUGAAAUGGAGAUCUCCGUCAAAAGGCAAAUGCUUUAUGUGGGUUCAAGGCUGGGUGUGGCCCGGCUGCAGCUGCACCAGUGUGAGACUUAUGGCAGUGCCUGUGCAGAGUGCUGUCUGGCGCGUGACCCAUACUGUGCCUGGGAUGGCUCCUCCUGCACCCGCUACCGGCCUGGCACCAGCAAGCGCAGGUUUCGCCGGCAGGACAUCCGGCAUGGCAACCCUGCACUGCAGUGCCUGGGUCAGAGCCAGGAAGGGCUAGUGGCGACCAGCAAGGUCUACGGCACGGAACACAACAGCACCUUCCUUGAGUGCCUGCCCAAGUCUCCCCAGGCUGCUGUGCGCUGGUUCUUACAGAGGCCAGGGAAGGUGGGGCCCGACCAGGUGAAGACAGAUGAGCGAGUUGUGCAGACAGAGCAGGGGCUGCUGUUCCGAAGACUCAGCCGCCUCGACGCGGGCACCUACAUCUGCACGACGCUUGAGCAUGGCUUCUCCCGGACGGUGGUCCGCCUGGCUCUGGAGGUGAUUGCGGCCACCCAGCUCCACAGUCUGUUUCCCCGCCAGCCUCGGCCAGAGGAGACCCCAGCCCAGGGAGGACUGUCCUCUAGCCCACCCAAGGCAUGGUAUAAGGACAUCCUGCAGCUCAUUGGCUUCGCCAACCUGCCCCGGGUGGAUGAGUACUGUGAACGUGUAUGGUGUUCCUCUCGGAGCCGCGGCAAACAGGCCAAGGGCAAGAGCUGGGCAGGGCUGGAGCUGGGCAAAAAAGUGAAAAGCCGGGUGCAGGUCGAGCGCAAUCGGACACCCCGGGAGGUGGAGGCCACAUAGAAGAGGGUGGAGCCACUUGGCCCCACAGCAACCCCCAGUGUCUCCCACCUACCCAGUUAGAGCAGAGGGGGCCAACAUGUCUGGUUAUCUCUUAGAGAUGGGCGUCUCUGCCCCCACCCCCUAGCAGGCUGCCACAGAAAAGAUGGGGGGCUUGAUGGAGGGGUCCUGUGCCGGAGGUCUGUUCCUGUCCCUCUCUGCACUCUCAGUCCCAGGCUGGUGCCAGCACCCUCUAGCCUGCUGGUAACCCGGUGGGACUGCUAUUUGUUCUCAGAGAUGGCCCUCAGAACACAUUUCCGCUUGUGCCCACAGGGAGAGGGCUGGGUGGUUCUUUCCCAUUUUGCAGAACAAUGGCCAUUCUGAGUGGCCCUCAGAGUGGGUGUGUGGGUGUGUCUGGGGUGGUGUCUGGGCAGGGAGCCUUCAGACAGCCAGGGGAGGGUGAAGUGGCCUCUAAGCACCCAUUAAGAAGACCUACCCCGACUGAGUCAGGUGCUAAGAGGGUAGAACAGCAAGACACCCCUGCCCCUGCCCUAUGCCUGCCUCAUCUCCUGGUGGUUCCCUCACUGCCUCCUACUCUUCUGCAUCUCAGAAUCACUCACAGAAGCACAGACUGCUAGAGCUGCUUGGGAUCUGGAGGUGGUUUGGGCCUCAGUCCUCCUUUAUAAACCAAAAAGGAGGGUCUCAGAGCCUGACUUCCCUUCCCCAGGCCAGCUUUCCUGGGAUGCCCAUACCUCCUGAUGUGUUGCCCCUUCUCCCCAUCAUAAUCUCCAUGCUGAUGGGCAUGGAGAGGGUGGGUUCUAGGAGAAUGUCACUCCACAGAGAUGGGGAGAGGGAAGCUAGACUUGGCAAUGCAAAGGCCCCCAGCCUGGGAAGGUGGGAGGGUGGUAACUGAGAACCAGAAGCAGUUGUGGGCAGGCCAAGGGCAGGCUUUACUCAGUCACAGAGGCUUAUGAGGCUUUUGAGAUGGAGAGCAUGUGGGAGGACUAGGAUGGGCUGUGGGGCCAGUAGCAGGCAUCUCAAGCACUCAAGAUGGCUUCAAUUAGCUCAGGAGCCACAGAGAAAGUCAGAUGUUUUCCACCUUGGAAUUUGGUUCCCCCUAAAUAAGGGUUGGUCAUGUACAAUUUAUGAAACCUUUAUGAAGCCUUCUCUUUUAAGGGAAAAAAAAGGUCUAAGUUCUGUUGCUUUGGGGACUGAGGCUAAGAUGGCCAGGUGCAUUCUGUCUGGCACAUAGGGAGGUGCCUUUGCCAUCGGCAGUAAUGUGUUUCUUGGGCUGGGGAGCACAAAGGGGGAGGGGGAGAAAGAGAACUAAAUGAAAGCUGUUCCCAGCCUGCAUAUGAACAAGUCAGUCACACACAAAACCAACAGGAAGGAGACAAGAGUAUCAGGCUUGAGAUUCCAGCCCCUCCCCAUUUAAAAAAAAAAAAAAAAAAAAAAAAAAGAAGGGAAAAACAAAAAGCAAGAUAGGGCUACUUGCCCCAUUGAACUCACACCCAGAUUGCCUAUGUUAUCUGUCCCUUCCCUGCCCCCCAAAGAGCUGUGAUCUGCAAGAGGCCCUCUUCUCCCCCUUUGAGCAGUAAGUCAAUUCGAAGCACUGAUAUCACCCUGACAGCACUUUCGAUGGCCUCUGGCCAGGGGUUGCUGUGCCUAGGGUGUCGGCAGGGAAAAGCAGAGAAGACAAGGACUGCAAGGCAGAGGCUGGAACAGAAACGGAGGGGAGACAGAGAGUAGGAAGAGAGCGCAAGCCCCCAUGCCAGAACUGCAGCUGCCUCUGCCCUCUAGGUCAGGAAGCCGGGAAGAAACAACCAGGCCGGCAGAGGCCUUUAGGUUGGUCCUAAGUAUGGCUGGCUCCAGGCAGGCUCCUCUGGGGAAAUUGGGGAGGAGAAGGAACUGAAAAUCCUGUACACCUGUACUUGGAAAAUUAAGAACAGCUUCUACCAACCACCCCUAACCACUCUUGUCCCCAUGGUACUAUGUGUCAUUAAUUCUUGGGAAUGCCUCUAUGUGUGAGUUCUAUUUUUGUAUUCUUAAAUUGAGAUGGGCCUUGUGGUUUUGCUGUCUUCAUAGCACACUUCUCCUAAUUACUGUUGUUACUUUUAUUGUCAUGACUGUCUCAGUUCUGGUGAGGCUAGUGCAGGGGUCUACCACAGUCUACAAGGAAAGGGAUGAAGUUCAUAUUUACAUCACAUAAUUAUAUCAUUAUUGUAUCUGUGUAUUUUUUACUAAAUUGAAGGAGACCAUCUGUGUGAGCUGAUGAUGAAGAACUUUCCCUUUCCAUUCCAGGAAGGAGGCCACCCUGGGUGGUGUUUUCUAGAGGGGAGGGAGAUAGGUAUCAGGGGAAGGAAGGAGUCAGAGGCCUUUGUCUAUGAAGCUGAGAUUGCUUAUUAAAUUAGUAAAACCCUGCCCGGAAGACUUCUGAGCCUGACCUUCUGAGAACUUCAGGAGGAUCUUGUGCAAGGGAAAAGUGCUGGCAAAGGGCAGCUGGGCAUGUAGGCAGCCCUGAACUUUUUUUCAGAGUAACACUUGACUUUUGUCACAGCAAUACUUGGCCUGGUGCCUGUUUUCAUCCCAAGCCACAUACCAACAUAUAUUAAGGCCGCUGUGUUCUUGUCUGAGAGAUGGGAGCUGUGCUGUGGGGGCUGCAACUUCUGGGGAGGAGAGGAAGCCCUGGGAGUCUGGCCUCCUGGGUAUGCUGCAGAAGGCACUGCUGACUGUAGCUCCCACUCCCCUGGUGACAUCAUGUCCCAGAAAGAGCAGACUCCACUGGUGCUGGAGGAACAUGAGGAAAAGGCAGGAGUGUUUUAAAGAUGGAAGGGACAUCAUCCCACCGCCCCACGGAGACUAGCCUGUUGCUUGUAUGGGUUCCUCAGCCCAUGUUGUGGAGGAGGUGGACUUAACAGAACAGGUCCAUCACCGGUUCCCUCUUGCAGCCCAGGCUCUGGGGCAAGCCCCUACUUUUGUCCACUGUGCCUGCAACAAACACCCAGGCCUGACAACACCUGGACCCCAGAUGCUUUGUCUCAAGGCACCAUCACCAGUGACUGAGAAGCCUCAUGAGCAUACCCACUGGGCACAGUGGGAAGGCUGUGGGGAUGCAGCCUCCCUCGUGCAUAGUACCUCUGCAGACCCCUCAGGGGUGGACAUAUCCUGACCCCCACAUCCCCUCCUACCUCCCCUCUUGAACCCUAUUUCUUGCCCCAGCAAUUUCACUCUAUCUUCCUCUCCCACCUUUUCCUUUAGGUCUCUUUGGGCCUCUUUCUUAAUUUCUCAAGUUUAAAAUUGGAAAGGGGCUUUGAGUAAGAAAUCAGUCAAGCGUUUUCCAAAAGGUGUCCUGUGGAGAAAUUGUUUCAGGAAAUGUCCCGUCACAAUGGUCUAAUAGAUAAGGGGAUUUUUGCCCCUUUUGUCCCCUUGGAGCAGUGCGCUGCCUGCUUGCACGUCCUGUGAGAAAUCCCUGGGAAGUCUACAGUGAUCGCUCGUCUAUUUGAAUGCCUACUAUGUGCUAUAUAAUUCUCCCAAGAGUUUGGACCUCUACCCCUCUCUGCCCCAAGAGUAGUGAACAUCUCACGUUUCUAAUGUUUUGAAGAGUAUACUUUGGGAAAAUACUGAUCUGAUUAAUCCCUCCCCUUAACACAUGAGAUUAAUGUAUUAAUCUCUGCCUUCUAAACCUGUUAGCUUCAGAGGCAUGACCUCCCAGAUGGAACAGCCACAUUUUGGCUUUCUAGGGCCCAUACUAGAGCAGAACCCAGCACCCCAGGCCUAGGGCUGCCAAGCUGCCAGUCUGCUGACCCUUGGGUCUGGACUCUGUCUUGCUUCUGACUGCCUUCUCUCACACCCAGCCUGCCUCCCAAGCCUACUUCCUUCCCCUGUUGGGCCUAGUCCUCUGUGGAGAGCUAGGCUUCACCUCAAAUCUGAGAUUGUCCUAUAAUUCAAUAGAUAAGUGUCUAAGGAAAGGCAGGGAACAGGGAGAGGGGAGAAUAAGGGAGGAAAACAGCCCUUUUCAUUUUCUUGAAAGACUUCUGUGCUUCCUUUUCACUCAGACAAGUCUAGGUUAGCACCCAGAAACACCUAGGACGAGCAGCAGCCCUCAAAAAAGUGGCCUGUUUGCUGCGAGGCUACUUUCUCUGUGAGCUGACAGGGCCCCCUGGAUACAGCUAGAGCUGGGUGGGCCCCAGAAAACUUGCUCACAUGAUACUACCAAUUCAGCAAACUGAGGCUUUUCCAGUCAGCCACAUUUCUUCUUAGAACAAAGAGACAGUGGCCCCAAAAUAGCCCAAUUUCCAUCUGAGUUAAGGAGCCACCCUAACUUUAUCUAAGUCCUGGUCUACAGGGGCUCCUACAAGGAGGAAGUUCAAUACACACCAACAUCAAAUCCCCAGGGCUCUCUGAGACUAUAAACUUGGACUUGAUGUGAAGGGAAUGAAUGGGUGGGGCUGACUUUGGAUACAAUACCUGAUCAGAGAUUGUUAGUUUCCCGCACCCUGGUCCUUCUUCCGGACUCACCGACACCCCCUCGUGCACAGGAGAUGAGGCAAGGGCAGUUGUAGCCCCGUGCCCACUUCCCACUGCCAGCCCCCACCCAACUUGGCUGGGGGUACCACUGUUGGGCCCUUUUCCCUUACAGGCUGUGUCAUAAUGAAAUCUUUCACUUUCCCUGCUGGAUUUUCAUUAAGGAAACCCCUGGUUCCUUAAUACAGCCUCUAAAAAAAUCAUUCUACACUGACGAUGGGAAGUGAUACACAGUCUCCAGGGAGGCCUUGUAAGGGAUGCUGGCCUUCGUCAUUACAGCAGGCCUCAAGUAGUCAGCUAUUAGAUUACACUUAGGACUCUGCUGAUGAGGGGGCUUGACUUCUUUGCCCAGGGAGGAAGAUGACAGAAUCCUAAUCCAUCCCAACAGGGUGUAUCUCACUGCCAAGAGCAUCCCAUUGGACAGAGAGGGAAGAUCAGGGCAAGGGCACAGUUGUUGCUUGGUGAAGAUUCCAAAGUGAAUCAACACAGGCUUAGAGCACAGUCCAGGUGUCUGCCAUCCAAUGGAGGGGACUGUACCAAGGACACUUGAAGCUUAGACUGGCUUGUUGGGAGGACAAGGAAGGCUCUGUUCUCACAGAUAAAGGUCUCGAAGAACGAUGUGGCAGCCCAGCAAGCUUGCUUUAUAGACAUGACCUCAUCUGUUCAUUCUGCCCCCUCCCCCUGCUGAUAAGAAUCUGGUGCUGUUUCCUGUAGUCCAAGGGUCUCAGACAAUGGUGUGAACGGCUGGCCCGACUGGAAAGGACAUUGUUUAGGGUAGAAAAAACAACCCACCAACACAAAGCCAGGGCAAGACCUGUCUAAAUGUAAGGACCUGUUUACAAAUCCAUGAUUUCCAAGGGGGGGAAACACAAUGGGGAAUUGUUUUUGGUGAGGCUGGUGUCCCUUCCAGAAUACUCCUGGGGGCUGGGGAUAACUUUGAUGGUCCAGACAGUUCUCAGAUGCUCUGAGAGGGAUGAACACUGAUGGCGCAGAUGCCUUCCUGUUUAUCAGGGAUGCAAACAGAACAGGGUCACUAAAAACAAGGGGGUGGAGCUCCUGGGCUUUAUGUCUUCCAUCUGGAUCUCAAGCUGUCACAUUCCUCAGGGAUACCAGGGUAGGAGGGAGUUUGCCAGGGAGAAGUGAGAACAAGCUUUUAUUUUUGUUUUCUAAAAACUGUCACCUACUUGGUUUAUGGCCUUUAUGGCUUGAUUUUUGGAAAAAAAUGUGUAAAGCCCAAGAGUCUUGAAAAUAAGUGAUCACUCUGGAAUGGGGCUCCCUGGCUUAGUUACUAGGGGAGCUUUCUCACAUCUGGGGCCUUCAUGAUGCUGCAGCUCACCUCCAGUCAGCCUGGGAACCCAGGGAGUUGAUACAUUAUCUCUGGGAUCUGGCCUAAUGGAGGUGCUGUUACUCAUAGUAAUGACCUCCCACCCUGCUCACAGGAAGUUAGAACUUUCAAACCAACACCAAGUCCCUAACGUCAGUGUGUGUGUGUAUGUUAGGAAGGGAGGGCAGAACAAGAGAAUCACAGCACCCAUUCCCUUUGGCACUGGAAGCCUCCAUUUUUGGGGUAGGAGGAAGGCCGGGUAUUAGGAGUGCUGCUUUGGGUCUGGAGAGAUUAUGCAGGCAGUCUUGUCUGAGGAUUUGACCUGUGAUGAAAGUGUUACUAGUAACCCUUAUACUGGCUCUAAAUUCAUCAGGAGCACACCUUAUGAAUAAAAUCAAACAUAUAUGCUUAGAACAAAUGAAGAGCAGUAAGUACUGUGCAAUCCCAAAACAGAAGCAAGCUUUUCAUAAACCACUCUCAACUUCCAGGUCUAAGGUAGUUAUAUUCUUCCUCAACAUGGUAACACUGCCCUCUAGUGUUUGAUGGCAACACAACAGGUUUAUGAAUACAGGGUACUAGCAUAUCCAUCAGUUCCAUGGGCGUCAAACUAUCUCUGAAUGUGGUAUCCCAAGUCACACACCAUGAGAGAAAGAAAGGUUAAUAAGAAAGGCAUGUCCUUUCCCUUAAGGGGCCUCCAACCUAGUGGGAGAGACAGUUCCACAACUGUAACACCAGAUGAAGAAUGAUGUGGGCUAUGAGAGGGUUAUAAGCAGAGCCCAGUGAAAGGGCUUAGGGAUGAAGAAGUGGCCUGUAUGCUAGGUUCAGCAAGCAGAGAAUGGAGUAGGGUCCUCUAGACUGUAAACCCCAUGCUCAGCGCCCAGUCUUCCAGGGUAGCCAGGGCAGAGUGCCCAUGGGUGGGGUGUCCUGGGAGAUGCAGCUGUGUGGGGCCACAUUUGUAAAAGGCUUUGGAUGCCAAUCUCAGCGGGAGCCAUCCUAAGUAAAGAGUUACAGAUGUUUUAUGGCAAUUAGAAGAAGGGAAAAGGGUAGAUUUGCUUUGUCAGCAAAGCAAGUGGACACAGGAAGCUUCCAUGCAGAGAAGGAUUUUGCUGCAGGCCUGUGAGACAUAGGGUCUGAGCUGAGCAUCAGCAAUGGAUGGAGAGGAAGGAAGGGCAAGCAAACAUCUGAAUAACAGGGAAGUUGACAGGACAGAGUGGGUGAACAGCAAAGGAAGCAGAGCAUUUUGAGGUUUCUGGCCCUAGUUUAUGGUUCUUACAGAGGUAAGGAUUAAAGGAAGGAAAGCAGGUGCUGUGGGGAAUUUUUAUCUUACAAGUAAUUCUACAUCCAACCCCCUAUGCCAUGAGCUAUUUGUUCUAGAUUCUGAGUUACGAAACAGUAAUUAAUUUUAAUAGACACAUUGUUUGGGGAAACAGGUAUUUAAAAUAUACAAGAUGGGGCCUCCCCGGUGGCACAGCAGU